AUGGCUUUUCUUGUAGGCUGUCUUCUUGCCUUUGCAGUUAUCCUGAAUGCUGAAGCAAAAGCGGUGCCAUCUAAUAUAAGCACUGACUCUUCUUUAACACCCACUUCCAACCCCUCGUGGUUGUCAAGCUCCGGUCUGUAUGCCUUCGGCUUUUAUGAGCAAGGAAAUGGCUAUGCUGUGGGGAUAGUGCUUGCUGGAGUUCCUGAAAAGACUGUAGUCUGGACUGCAAACCGCGAUGACCCCUUGGUCUCCAACAAUGCCACCUUGCUCUUUACAUCUGGCGGGCUUUCGUUGCAAUCGACUCAAGGGGAAACACCUGUGACGACCACUACUCAGUCUGCUUUCUCUGCUUCAAUGCUUGACUCGGGUAACUUUGUACUAUACAACUCCGAUCAGGAAAUAGUAUGGCAAAGUUUUGACUAUCCAACUGAUACCAUUUUGCCAAAACAGCGUUUGAAAGCAGGGGCAGAGCUGUACUCUGCUAAAUCCAAAACUAAUAGCUCAAAAGGCAUUUUCCGUCUCAGUAUGCAGACUGAUGGAAACCUUGUUCAGUACCCGGUAGCUACUCUGGAUGCUUACUAUGCAUCUAACACGCCAGGAAGUGGAGACAAUGUGACACUAAACUUGGAUGUUGAUGGCCAUCUCUACUUACUCAACAACACUGGUUUCACUAUACAAAAUAUUACGAAUGGAGCUACUGAUGAAGGCAAAUCUUAUCUUCUGAGACUUGAUGUAGAUGGAAUUCUUCGCUUGUAUUCGUAUAUUUUGAAGCACAAUGGCAACUGGUCAGUUGAGUGGUUAUCUACAAGAGAUAAGUGUGACCCUUUAGGUCUAUGCGGAUUUAAUAGUUAUUGUGUCUUAAUGGAUAUGGAAGCUGAAUGCAAAUGCCUUCCAGGAUUUGAGCCUAUCACCCCUGGGGAUCAGACUUCAGGCUGUGGGAGGAAUAUGGUUGCAGAUGUUUGUAAGUCAGAGAAUGAAAACUUCACAUACAUAAUGGAAGAACAGCCCGACACAAGAUGGAAUGAUGUUGCAUACAUGACUUGGUCAUCAUCAGACAAAGAAGAAUGCAACAAGGCCUGCUUGGAGGAUUGCAACUGUGAAGCCGCACUUUUCGCAGAUGGAAGCUGCAAAAAGCAGAGGCUUCCUUUGAGUCAUGGAAGAAGAAGGUAUGACACUUCAAACUCAGUUUUCAUCAAGGUUGGUAAAUCUAAACCUCCAGCUACAGAUAAUAUCCAUUCAAAGGGAAACAAGAAAGAAGGUGGAGUUGCAGUCCUUAUUGUUGGGGUUUCAUUUACUGCUUUUGGGUCCAUUUUGUUGCUGAUCUCUGUAAUUAUGUUUUGGAAACAUAAUGUUUGGGCUUAUAAAAGAAUGAAUAAGCUCAAUGGUGAUGUUGAAUGGAAUGAGGAUGUGGCUCCACAACCAUAUGCUUAUGAACAACUAGAGAAGAUGACUGAUAAUUUCAAGGAGGAGGUCGGUAGAGGAGCUUCUGCAAUAGUUUAUAAAGGGGUGAUGUUGAGUAGUCAAAAGCUAGUUGCUGUGAAGAAACUAGAGAAAGUUGCAGCUGAAGGAGCAAAAGAAUUCCAGACUGAGAUGAAAGUUAUUGGCAGAACCCAUCACCGGAGUUUAGUACGUUUGCUUGGGUAUUGCCAUGAUGGACCAAAGAAGCUUUUGGUGUAUGAGUACAUGAGCAAUGGUUCACUUGCAGAUAUUCUCUUCACACCUGAGAGGAAACCUCAUUGGGAAGAAAGAAUGGGAAUUGCUCGAAACAUAGCACGAGGGUUUCUUUAUCUGCAUGAAGAGUGUGAUACACAGAUCAUCCACUGUGACAUAAAGCCUCAAAACAUAUUGAUGGAUGAGUACAUGUGCCCCAAAAUCUCUGACUUUGGUUUGGCAAAGCUGCUUCAGCCAGAGCAGACCAGAACCACUACCGGCAUUAGAGGGACUAAAGGGUAUGUUGCGCCUGAGUGGCAUAGGAAAAUGCCUAUAACAGUUAAAGCAGAUGUUUAUAGCUUUGGAAUUGUGCUGUUGGAGAUUGUGUGCUGUCGAAGGAAUGUGGACUGGAGUGUUCCCGAGGAGGAAGCUAUCUUGGAUGAAUUGGUCUACCAUUACUUUGAGAGUGGUGAGCUCAGUAAAUUGCUUGGGGAUGAAGAGAUAAACAGAAGGCAAUUUGAAAGGGUGAUUAAAGUGGGACUUUGGUGCAUCCAGGAUGAGCCAUCGCUUCGUCCUUCAAUGAAGAAGGUUCUGCUUAUGUUGGAAGGGACUGUAGACAUCCCAACCCCUCCGAAUCCAAGUUCUUUUCUCAAUACCAUCUAAAUUGUGUUUGAACCUCAAGUACUGAUCUAAUCAAGAAACCAAUUGAGCCUCGCCUGUUGCAUAAUGAUUUCACUCAUGCUUCACUGACAGUAUGUAAUCAUCUUGUAUUCAUGAUGUUUUUGUUGUUCCAUUUCCAUUGUAACACAACUCUCAUUUGCGAAAUUGUAAGUUUAUAAAAAUGUGACUUCCUUUUCUUUCUUUCUAUGCUGCAGUUGUCUACUUUUCUUUGAUCAUUGUAAGACCUGCUUUUGUGUAUAAUCCCAAAGUGUCUGCAAUUAUUUCCAUACCAAUCUUGUAUGCAUCAAAAUAUCUUCAACCCAUUCCAUAGAUAUCUGCAGAUCACAAAUUUGCAGCUGCAUUUGGUUCAACAUGCAACGCACACAAACUAGAAUGUUUUGGUCUGAAAAUGGAGAUUCAUCUGAGGCAUUGCUAGAUUGUUUCCAUAGGAGAGAUGAAGUUAGCUAAGCCAUGCCAAGUCAACAUUCCGAUAUGGAACCUAUACACAAGUCAAGACUCCGUAGAAGUUGAAAAUGCUGCACUUGAAAGUGAUGGAAGUGAAAAUCACUUUGUCUUGCCUUGACAGAGAUGGUCCAGACUUUUGUUCCUCUGUUAAAGUUUAGAAUACAAUUUUGGAUUCAAAGGACAAACCAGACCGAGUGGACUUGUCAUCAUAGACUUUGCAUUCAAGUAAUAAUGUGUCAAGUCUUUUGCCCCAAGCAUACGGUGCACAGCCUAAUCUUAUGCAGAACACUAAGCAUACAGUGUUCCAAGUACAGAUCUGGAAAAGGCGUGUAGGUAAUGACGGAGGCCUCCCGAGCAAGGCCGUCGGGUCCGAUCUAUGGCAGCAAAGACUGAUUCGUAUUCGAAGCCAUUUCCGAAUUUGCCCCAAUUAUGGGUUUCAUUCUUUUGGCAAUAGUCUGGAGAAGAUGAUGGGAGAGUUGGGAGAAAGAAGACAACGAAGAGAGCUUGAGGAAGAAGAAGAAAUUGAGUGAAGGGACGAGAAUACCCCUCAAAGUUUGUCACCUAGCAAACGCCGUAACGGCAAACAGUGUUUUAGGUGCUAAUGUUGAGUCGGUGUCCGAACUUCAGGUACCAAAGUAUUAUUUUUUUUUGUCAGAUACUAAAGUUACUAAUGUAUCUAUAGUCAGGUACCGUUUGCAUUUUUUUC